UUGUUUUUUUUGUUCUAUAAACUCAACGCACAGCACUAGGAUCAGCACCUGUCGUGGUUGAUUCGUGCAUCUGUGGCGACAAGGGCUGAUCCCAGAGCUGUUUCCAGCCGUACCGGAAGUCGAUGCGCAGUUAUAAACAAAGUGGUGCUUUACCGUGGCUAUAUUGUCCCGGUUGCCAUUUUACCAACCUUAAGGUAAGAUAUUAGCUGCCGCUAGUGGAAUUUGCGGCACUUUUUCUCCGGCGAUGCUAAAAAUGAGCAGCAUUAGCCACGAUUCUGUUCAGCAAUUAGCUUAGCUAGCUUGUUUGAGCCCUGUAGCGGCUAUGCUAGCUAGUAGCGGCUAUGCUAGCUAGUAGCCUGGCGGCGAAAGCAAGCUAGCAAAAAAUUGGAAUGUUGGAUUUCAUGCACAUUUGAGUUGAUUUUGACUUCGGUUAGCUUACAUGAUACAUUCGCUUUCGGCUUUUAAUGCCAAUAGCUGCAUAUAUAUUUAGUAAAACAACAAGAGUAUAGAUAUCGUUAGCUGAGCCUAAUGAUGGGUACCGGAGUGGUCCAGCUCACCUCAACGUCUCACCACGAGCACAUCCUGGACUCCCUGCACCACCUGAGGCUGCAGGGGCACCUCAGUGACGUCACCGUACAGGUGGAACACCGUGGAGACGUUCAGGUUUUCCAGGCGCACCAGGUGAUCCUCGCCGCCUCCAGUGGCUACUUCAAGAACAUCCUCCUCGCCCAGGACGCUGCCCGGGACAACAUCCCGCUCUCCAACAUGCAACCUGGAGACUUUUCCACGUUUUUGGAAUUCAUUUACACAGGGAAAUUAGUUGUCACUCAGAGCAAGCUAGUGGACAUCGAAGAGGUGGCGAAGCUUUUGGACUGCAAGGAGCUCUUGAAGAUCUGCCGUGCCGCCAUAAGCGCCGGGCUCCUGCAGGAGCCAACCAGUUAUGGACCCAAGUCGGAUACCGAAGAGACUCGAGCAGGAGAGUGUGUGGCUUCCAAAAGCGGCAGCAGGAAGAGACGCAAACCUGCUCCAAAAGUCUCUGAGCAGCUUUUGAAAACAAAUCUCAUGGAGACGGAUAAUGAGAAGGCAAGAACGGGCGAGGAUGAGGUCGUCUGUGGAAAAACGAGCCACGGGGAUUUGAAGGAAGCUGAUAAAGUGUCAGAGGAGGAGGAAGUGGGAGCUCCGACAGAAACCGACGAGUCAUGGCCGCCAUCGCCUCCCGUGGACGCCAUCGACGUAGCACCUGAUGAUGAGGUCUCGGCGAGUCUGUAUGACGGCGAGGAACCCUUAUUAUCAACGGGAGAGGAAGAUGAGGAGGAAGAGAACGGACUGCCAAAAAGGAAGGCUCGUUUCCUGUGCAACAGCUGCCAGCGGGCCUUCUUCUACGAGAGAUGCUACAUGAAGCACGUCAGCACCUACCACGGAGUCAAAGCGGACCUGGUCUACCGCUGCAAGACCUGCAUGCAAACCUUCUCCAACCGCAGCAACCUGAAGAUCCAUGAGAAGCACGUGCACAGCACCGAGAGACGGUUCUCCUGCGACGUCUGCGCUAAGACCUUCAAGCGAAAAAAGGACGUGGUCCGCCACUACCAGCAGGUGCACGACCCCCAGUAUCACCAGUGCCCCGACUGCGGGAAAUCGCUCAGCUCCAAAGCGUCGCUGGAGCUGCACAAGAAGACUCAUAGUGGCAUCAAACCCUUCGCCUGCAGCGAGUGCGGCGCCCGCUUCACCCAGAACUCGGCCCUCAAAAUGCACCAAAGGGUCCACACAGGAGAGAAGCCAUUUUACUGUGACAAGUGCGACGCUCGCUUCUCCCAGAAAAGCAUGCUGGUGUACCACAAGCGCUCCCACACAGGCGAGAGACCCUUCAUGUGCGAGGCCUGUGGGAAGAGCUUUGCCUCCAAAGAGUACCUGAGGAACCAUUCCAACAUCCACACGGGCACCAAGCCGUUUAAGUGUGAGCAGUGCGGCCGCUGCUUUGCUCAGAGGAACUCGCUACGGCAGCAUUUAACCAUACACACAGGUGAGCGUCCCUAUGCCUGCACGUUUUGCAACAAGCAGUUCACACAGCUCAACGCCCUGCAGAGACACCAGCGCAUUCACACCGGCGAGAAGCCCUACAUGUGCGGAAUGUGCAGCCGCACCUUCUCCGACAAGUCCACGCUUCGCAGGCACACGGCGACUCAUGAUUCCAGCGCUCCGUGGAAGAACUACCUGGUGGUCCUGGAAGGCAACGUGGAGGAGAAGAAAUCCAAAGUUGCGAGUAAGGCUCCCACGCAGGGGAAAAAGACACCAAGCAAAAAAGACGAAGCUCAAGUAUGUAAAACCAACACCGAAGCUGUGGUCGUGGCCGAGCCGGUUGCCCUUCCGUCUGAGUGGGCAGGGCACGAAGCCAUUGCCUUGGUCAGCCACACCCACCUGGGCGGGAUCACCGUCAUCCACACCGAGGUGCCGCUGGGGACUCGGUUGCAGUCCGUGGUGACGCCAGACAGCACGGAUGCCAGCGUCAUGACUGUGGACGGCCCGACCGCUCCCAUCCCCUUAACAGAGCCGGAAACUUCCAUAUCGUCGGUCCUGGAAGCGGCCGCCUCUCAAGCCGUGUUGGCUUCAGUGUGUGAAACCCCAGCCCAGGCGCGGGUGAUAGAACCCGACAUUCAGACUGUGAUUGUGAAAGACAACACGUGUGAUGACGUGCAAAAGAUAGCAGACAAGCCUUUGGACGAUAUGAAGUCGUAGAAAAUAGUGGGGGGAAAAAAAAGCAUCCUUUUUCUUGUGGUGAUUGUUCCCAUCAUUCAAGGCUGUGAUAGUGAACACAUGCUGUAUUAGCUAUUUAACUACCAGCUAACUGAAAUGUUCCACUUGCACAUGAAUAGAAAUAAAAGAAACACAAAAGGUG